CAUAUAAGAUGGCCACUUUAAUGUUACCUUGAAAAUCUUGUUCUUUCUACUUCUCCAAAAUAGAAAUUAUGGUAUGAAAUCGUCUGUCCGUCCGUCCUGUGUAAACUUUAAUUUGAUUGGAGAUCUAGGAUCUCCUACAUUUUUCGACUGAUCUCUUUAAACCUAGUAUGCAUUAUAAUUUAUAUAGUAAUUAUAUAUAAUAGUUGUAUUUUCCUGAUUGACAUUUUGAUUUCAACUAGUUUUGCAAAAGUUAUCGCUCUUUGUUUAUUUUAGUAUGAUUUUUGUCCGGAGAUCCCCAACAUUUUUCGAAUGAUUUCUCUGAAACUUGGUCUUUAUAAUCAUGCAUUGUAUUAUAAGUUGUGCUUCCUUGAAAGGCAUUCUGAUUUGACUCUUUUUGCAAAAGUUAUUGCCCUUUGUUAAUUCCUAGUGCUAGAAUCUUGUUUGGAGAUCUCCUGCAGUUUUUAAGUGAUUUCAUUGAAACUUGGAAGGCUUUAUAAUCAUGAUAUCAAGUUAUGUUUAAAGAGUUGGAGACUAAUUCCUGAUUUCUUGUAUUCCUCAAACUGUUAAAAAAAGAUUAACAUUAACUUUGUCAUGAUCAAUGCCCUUUUCUUUAAAUUUCUUUAUAUUUUCAGUGAAAGGAUGUCAAUAAAGAGUUGAACGUUUGAAGGCACAGUGAGGAGGAUAAAGAUUUGAGGAUGUCUGGACAUAUUAGUUAUCUCCCCUUGUUUGUUCUGUUGUUAAUAAUUACAGCUGUAUUUCUCACAGCUACAACCAAAGCCGAGUCUAACCUGAGAACAUGGGACAAGACGACACCUGGACAGAAUAAGACAAUGAAGUUUGUAUGUUACUACCCUCUACCUGUGUCUCCACCUAACACUACCAUUCCCGAAAACCUGGACGCUACACUGUGUACACAUAUCAUCUUCAUCCCAACUAAUAUCAAUGACGCCUGUGAGGUUGCUGCUGCGUAUCCCUUUCACCUUGACCUCUUCUCCAAGGUCAUCCCUGUGAUCAGGAAACAAAAUCCGGCCCUGACAGUGAUGGUUUCUAAUGGCGGAGCGUUUGAUCAAGUGCUGGGGUCUCCGUACAACAUGUCCAGGUUCAUUAACAGUAUUGUACCAUUUCUGAGGAAGUACGACUUUGAUGGGUUCGACCUUGACUGGGAGUUUCCGGGCUGGAAUGGUCGCCCUGUUGGACAGCGACAUAACUUCGCCUUACUCACUAUGGGUCUGCGAGAAUUGUUUGAGGAGGAAGCCAAACAGACUUCGCGGCCCCGCCUACUGUUGUCUGCUGCUGUGUCAACAGCUAACUCGAUGAUGGUUAUUUAUGAGUUCCACAUCCUUGCUAAGACCUUGGACUAUGUCAACCUCAUGGGCUACGACUUCAACGCCUUCAGCUAUUUGCGGCCAUUCGUUUAUUUCAACUCUCCUCUAAAACCAGAAAGAUACGACACAGAGUUCUUCGUGACCAACAAUCUGGAAUGGGCAUCAAAAGAGUGGGUCCACAGGGGAAUCCCAAUAGAGAAGAUGAUGAUCGGAAUGCCCACCUACGUCCAUACCUAUACUCUAUUGUUGGAAGAGUUCACCGCUCCAGGGUCGCCAGCCAAGGGCAGAGGCCAGUGUGACUUCUGUGGCUAUAAGUUUGCAUGUAAAAUGUUACAGCAGAAUUGGACGCGCAAGUUUGACGAGAGCGCCAGAGUUCCCUACAUGUACCGAGGUGAUCAGUGGGUCAGCUACGACGACGAAAGUAGUCUCGCUGAAAAGGCUCAGUGGGUCAAAGACAACGGUUUUGGAGGCGUUAUGGUUUGGGAUAUGAGAGAUGACGAUACAGAAGGUGUCUGUGAUGGAAAGACCAAGUUUCCACUCCUAAAAGCCAUCCGGAAAACUCUGUUUGGAGUCUAGCAAUUUAAUGGUGUUAAAACUUCAAAAAACCCUGUCAUCAUAAUCACAAGGAAAACUCACUUUGAAGUUAGCAAUUUAAAUUAGUUAGAACUUCAAAACAUCCACUCGUCAAUAUCAACAGGAAAACUCAGUUUGCAGCCAAGCAAGUCAAAGCAGUCAGGACAUAAGAAUAUCUGUUCAUCAAAAUCACCAGGAAAACCCUCAAGGCAAAGGUGUUAGGGCUUUAAAAAAAAAAACUGUUGGGGCCCAGUAAGUUAAAGUUUUAAAAUAAGUCUUUGGCCUUGCAAGGCAGGAUUUUAGGGCUUCAAGAUAGGUUUAUUUGGAGCCUAGCAGGUCAAAGGAUGUAUGAAUUUAAAAUAUCCACUAAACAUAUAAUAUGCAGUAACAAGUGAUUGACAUCAAAAACUAUAUUUGUACAGUGUGUAUGUUUGGUAUCAUAUGUCACUCUUACGACAUUCCUGAUGAGAUUUUUUGAAGUUGUAUCUUUUACAUUUUAACGUUUAUAAUAAUAUACACAUACAAGUGCUGUAUUUUUCAUUCAAUUUUUGAACGCAUAUAUCUUGUGUUUUUACACUAUGAGAUUUGUAUACCUGGAUAUAUUCAUCGAACAACGAAUGUUAAUUGUAUGAUUCUUAACUUCUUGUUCAAUUACACUGUAUUGUAACAUUGGUCAUCUCCCUAUAGUAAUGACAGUCAUCAGUAAUAUCUGGUUGUCCCGAAAUAUUAAAUAUAUCCAGUCACCAGUAAUCUGGUUGUCCCGAAAUAUUAAAUAUAUCCAGUCACCAGUAAUAUCUGGUUGUCCCAAAAUAUUAAAUAUAUCCAGUCACCAGUAAUAUCUGGUUGUCCCAAAAUAUUAAAUAUAUCCAGUCACCAGUAAUCUGGUUGUCGCACUAUAUUAAAUAUAUCCAGUCACCAAUAAUAUCUGGUUGUCACACCAUAUUAAAUACAUCCAGUCACCAGUAAUCUGGUUGUCUCACUGUAUUAAAUAUAUCCAGUCACCAGUAAUAUCUGGUUGUCCCACUAUAUUAAAUAUAUCCAGUCACCAGUAAUCUGGUUGUCCCACUAUAUUAAAUAUAUCCAGUCACCAGUAAUCUGGUUGUCCCGAAAUAUUAAAUAUAUCCAGUCACCAGUAAUAUCUGGUUGUCCUACUAUAUUAAAUAUAUCCAGUCACCAGUAAUAUCUGGUUGUCCCACUAUAUUAAAUAUAUCCAGUCACCAGUAAUAUCUGGUUGUCCCAAAAUAUUAAAUAUAUCCAGUCACCAGUAAUAUCUGGUUGUCCCGAAAUAUUAAAUAUAUCCAGUCACCAGUAAUAUCUGGUUGUCCCACUAUAUUAAAUAUAUCCAGUCACCAGUAAUCUGGUUGUCCCACUAUAUUAAAUAUAUCCAGUCAUCAAUAAUAUCUGGUUGUCCCACUAUAUUAAAUAUAUCCAGUCACCAGUAAUCUGGUUGUCCCACUAUAUUAAAUAUAUCCAGUCACCAGUAAUCUGGUUGUCCUACUAUAUUAAAUAUAUCCAGUCACCAGUUAUCUGGUUGUCACGCUAUAUUAAAUAUAUCCAGUCACCAGUAAUAUCUGGUUGUCCCACUAUAUUAAAUAUAUCCAGUCACCAGUAAUCUGGUUGUCCUACUAUAUUAAAUAUAUCCAGUCACCAGUUAUCUGGUUGUCACGCUAUAUUAAAUGCCUAGGAUUGUGGUAUUUGGCCAAAAGCGUUAUGGUAAAGGUAUCGAGUUUGUUCAAUUGAAUGACCUUGACCUUGUUCAUGGGGUUAAUUGUGGUAAAACCUUCAUAUUAUUGUUUCCUGUAUACCGAAAUCUCAGGGUUAUGAUAUAUAUUCAAUGUGUAACAGUUACUAAACGAAAAUGAUACAGGUUCCACAUCCAUGACCUAAAUCAACUUUGAAAUUCAUGUGAAUCAAAUCUUCAAAGAUUUUUCUUUUUGGGCUUCAUAACAAGUGAUCCAUAUACAGGUGCACAUCGAUACAGGUCCAUUUGGCCUCUUGUUUAAAUUCUCAUUAAUAGAGGUUCAUGAUGUGUUGUACUUUUACAUGAUUGUUGUGUUUGAUGUUGGAUUAAUACACUUGAAAAAUAUCUCUUACUUUUAUUUUAAUAUUGGUGACAAUCAUCACUGAUUUACAUGAAGUAAGUGCGUUGUGAUGAUGUUCACAGAAUUCUGUACAUAUGUGCCAUUUUCAUUGAUAACUGUUUACAGUAGGAUUUUUAAAGUGUUUUAACACAAUGUAGUAAUAUUGACUCUUUUGUCUCUUUCCAAAACUAAUAAUGCGGACUUAGCAAAUCCACAGCCUUGAAAACUAUUAUUUGUAUAAAGUUGUUUUAUCCUAAACUAGUCAGAGGAUUUAUGGAAUCUCAUUUUUAAGUGACUAAAAAUGUAAAAAUUUGAAAAUAUCUUAAAAUAUAGAUCAUCAAACUAAUUUUUUUCUUCCAAUUACAAAAAUUUAAAGUGCCUGCAAAUAUAUUUGAUAAAAAUAUCCUACAAAACAAUGAGGUUGGUUCUGUACUUUUUCUUACAAUGAUAAUUGCUAAAAUGAGGAACAUUGUGCAUGGGGGCGUUACUUCACAUCUACCUACCAUCGAUACAUGUACACAGAAUCCAUGAGCAUACUAAUAUGUAUUGGUGUACGGAAAUUUUAGAGCAUUACCAAAUCUCAGCAUUUUAGCACAGUAAUGAAUUAGCACACCCAUCUUAUUUGUUAUAGAAAUGGUAUAUAUAUAGAACAUGUAAUUGGAGCCAAAACCUAUAAACCUACAAAAAUAUGGAUGUUUAUAUUAUCAAUUAAUUAUCAUUUAUACAUGCAUCUUUGUUUACACAUACCUCACUGUCUAUUUUUUUAUUUUUGUAAAACUCAGGCAUGGCUUAUAAAUUUGUUUUUCUUAAUAACAAUAAUGGUGUAUUAUCAAUCAAUAGUAAGUACAAACAACAUCCGUAGGGAGAUCUUCAACAGGUUUAAUGGUUUACGGACCGGACGCGGGUAUUGUAUUUGGAAUCCAUCCUAAGGAGACUGCUGUACAUACAGAGCUACCUACACCAGACAUUGGAAUUCGCUUUCUUUGAUUUGUAUGGUGUAAUAUGUAAAUGUGUCAAUAUAAACUGAGAUAAAUGAUAUUUAAGAUCUGAAAACGUAUACGUAUACAUGUACAACAAAGUUUAUGGUAUAGACUUGUGUAUUGUUAUAUUACCGUCUUGUUUGUUUCUUGAUUUGAAGAAUUCACCGUUUCCUGGGUAAUAAAUAUAAAGUUAUAGUUGCAUUUAAAGACACUUUUUCCUGUCUAUUAUGUACUAAUAGAGGAAAUACAUGGCUAGACCGGGGUUCGAACCUGGGACCUCCGAACACUAGCUGGAUGCUCUGCCAAUUGAGCUACUUGAUCCCUAGCGUUCAUCCCAGUCCGGUUCCGCUACAUUCCUCCCUUCUUCAACAAAGUCUUUGACCCCGAAGACACACAUGGGACCCUAUACCACCUCUGUGGGUAUUUAUUUGUGCCCCAUAUGUAAUAGAAGAGGAAAAAUGUAUGUCCAUACUGGGGUUCGAACCCGAGACCUUCAAACACUACCAAUAUAUUGAGCUGUCUGGUUGCCGGCAUUCAUCCCAGUCUAGUUCCGCUACAAUUAAAUAUCUGUGAUUUAUACAGAGUUACACUGCCUUCUUAGCCUUGUUAUACUGUACAUGUUCUAAACAUGUCUAUUAAUGUAUUGUUACGGUAUGUGCAAUGUUUAAUUAAUGUUUGUGUUUUAAAUGUUAAUGAAUCCUUGAGAUAUUUCUAAUGUUCUAUUUCUUACGUUUUUUCUUAAGGAUUAAAUUUUCUUUUUCCAAAGGAUUAAAUUAUCUUAAGCUUAAA